AUGUUAAUUACUGAUGGCUCAGCGGACGUGUCCCUGCCCUCCGUCCAGACUGACAUCAAGACCAGUGACCUCAGCAUUGACCUGCCAUCUGCCGACGUGGACAUGAAGACAGGAGAGCUGGGAGUGAAGCUCCCGGAGGGCCACCUGCCCGAGGGAGAGCUCCAGGUAGCCUCCUCCGGAGUUGGACUCAAAGGGCACCUGCCCAAGGUGCACAUGCCCAGCAUGAAGAUGCCCAAAGUAGACUUCAAGGGCCCCCAGGUGGACAUCAAGGGGCCCAAAGUGGACCUGAAGGGCGCCAAAGGGGAGGUGACCGUCCCCGAGGGAGAAGUGAAGCUUGGAGAACUGAAGGGCAAAGCAGAAGGGGCCACGUUCAAGGGCCACAUGCCCAAGGUGCAGAUGCCCAGCAUGAAGAUGCCCAAAGUAGACGUCAAGGGCCCCCAGGUGGACAUCAAGGGGCCCAAACUGGACCUGAAGGGCGCCAAAGGCGAGGUGGCCGUCCCCGACAUGGAGGUUUCGCUGCCCAGUGUGGAGGUGGACAUUCAGGCUCCGGGCGCCAAGCUGGAGGGAGACAUCGUCCUUGGGGACACAGAGGUGGCCAGCAAAGACAGCAAGUUCAAGAUGCCCAAGUUCAAGAUGCCUUCCUUCGGGAUGUCUGGGCCAGGCAAGUCCUUGGAGGCCUCAAUGGACGUGUCGCUGCCAAAGGCUGAGGCAGACGUGUCCCUGCCCAAGAUGCCCAAAGUAGACUUCAAGGGUCCCCAGAUGGACAUCAAGGGGCCCAAAGUGGACCUGAAGGAAGUGAAGCUUGGAGAGCUGGAGGGACCCUCGUCCGGAAUGGGGUUCAAAGGGCACCUGCCCAAGGUGCACAUGCCCAGCAUGAAGAUGCCCAAAGUAGACUUCAAGGGCCCCCAGGUGGACAUCAAGGGGCCCAAAGUGGACCUGAAGGGCGCCAAAGGGGAGGUGUCGGCCCCUGACAUGGAAGUGUCGCUGCCCAGUGUGGAGAUGGACAUCCAGGCUCCGGGCGCCAAGCUAGAGGGCGACAUUGUCUUGGGUUCCAAGGAGGUGGCAGCCCACGACAGCAAGUUCAAGAUGCCCAAGUUCAAGAUGCCUUCCUUCGGGACGUCUGGGCCAGGAAAGUCCAUGGAGGCCUCAGUGGACGUGUCCCUGCCCUCCGUCCAGACUGACAUCAAGACCAGUGACCUCAGCAUUGACCUGCCAUCUGCCGACGUGGACGUGAAGACAGGAGAGCUGGGAGUGAAGCUCCCGGAGGGCCACCUGCCCGAGGGAGAGCUCCAGGAAGCCUCCUCCGGAGUUGGACUCAAAGGGCACCUGCCCAAGGUGCACAUGCCCAGCAUGAAGAUGCCCAAAGUAGACUUCAAGGGCCCCCAGGUGGACAUCAAGGGGCCCAAAGUGGACCUGAAGGGCGCCAAAGGGGAGGUGACCGUCCCCGAGGGAGAAGUGAAGCUUGGAGAACUGAAGGGCAAAGCAGAAGGGGCCACGUUCAAGGGCCACAUGCCCAAGGUGCAGAUGCCCAGCAUGAAGAUGCCCAAAGUAGACGUCAAGGGCCCCCAGGUGGACAUCAAGGGGCCCAAACUGGACCUGAAGGGCGCCAAAGGCGAGGUGGCCGUCCCCGACAUGGAGGUUUCGCUGCCCAGUGUGGAGGUGGACAUUCAGGCUCCGGGCGCCAAGCUGGAGGGAGACAUCGUCCUUGGGGACACAGAGGUGGCCAGCAAAGACAGCAAGUUCAAGAUGCCCAAGUUCAAGAUGCCUUCCUUCGGGAUGUCUGGGCCUGGCAAGUCCUUGGAGGCCUCAGUGGACGUGUCCCUGCCAAAGGCUGAGGCAGACGUGUCCCUGCCCUCCAUCCAGACUGACGUCAAGAGCAGUGAACUCAGCAUUGACCUGCCAUCUGCCGACGUGGACGUGAAGACAGGAGAGCUGGAAGUGAAGCUACCGGAGGGCCACCUGCCUGAGGGAGAGAUGGAGGGACCCUCGUCCGGAAUGGGGUUCAAAGGGCACCUGCCCAAGGUGCACAUGCCCAGCAUGAAGAUGCCCAAAGUAGACUUCAAGGGCCCCCAGGUGGACAUCAAGGGGCCCAAAGUGGACCUGAAGGGCGCCAAAGGGGAGGUGACCGUCCCCGAGGGAGAAGUGAAGCUUGGAGAACUGAAGGGCAAAGCAGAAGGGGCCACGUUCAAGGGCCACAUGCCCAAGGUGCAGAUGCCCAGCAUGAAGAUGCCCAAAGUAGACUUCAAAGGCCCCCAGGUGGACAUCAAGGGGCCCAAACUGGACCUGAAGGGCGCCAAAGGGGAGGUGUCGGCCCCUGACAUGGAAGUGUCGCUGCCCAGUGUGGAGUUGGACAUUCAGGCCCCGGGCGCCAAGCUAGAGGGCGACAUUGUCUUGGGUUCCAAGGAGGUGGCAGCCCACGACAGCAAGUUCAAGAUGCCCAAGUUCAAGAUGCCUUCCUUCGGGACGUCUGGGCCAGGAAAGUCCAUGGAGGCCUCAGUGGACGUGUCCCUGCCCUCCGUCCAGACUGACAUCAAGACCAGUGACCUCAGCAUUGACCUGCCAUCUGCCGACGUGGACGUGAAGACAGGAGAGCUGGGAGUGAAGCUCCCGGAGGGCCACCUGCCCGAGGGAGAGCUCCAGGAAGCCUCCUCCGGAGUUGGACUCAAAGGGCACCUGCCCAAGGUGCACAUGCCCAGCAUGAAGAUGCCCAAAGUAGACUUCAAGGGCCCCCAGGUGGACAUCAAGGGGCCCAAAGUGGACCUGAAGGGCGCCAAAGGGGAGGUGACCGUCCCCGAGGGAGAAGUGAAGCUUGGAGAACUGAAGGGCAAAGCAGAAGGGGCCACGUUCAAGGGCCACAUGCCCAAGGUGCAGAUGCCCAGCAUGAAGAUGCCCAAAGUAGACGUCAAGGGCCCCCAGGUGGACAUCAAGGGGCCCAAACUGGACCUGAAGGGCGCCAAAGGCGAGGUGGCCGUCCCCGACAUGGAGGUUUCGCUGCCCAGUGUGGAGGUGGACAUUCAGGCUCCGGGCGCCAAGCUGGAGGGAGACAUCGUCCUUGGGGACACAGAGGUGGCCAGCAAAGACAGCAAGUUCAAGAUGCCCAAGUUCAAGAUGCCUUCCUUCGGGAUGUCUGGGCCAGGCAAGUCCUUGGAGGCCUCAAUGGACGUGUCGCUGCCAAAGGCUGAGGCAGACGUGUCCCUGCCCUCCAUCCAGACUGACGUCAAGGCCAGUGACCUCAGCAUUGACCUGCCAUCUGGCGACGUGGACAUCAAGACAGGAGAGCUGGAAGUGAAGCUCCCGGAGGGCCACCUGCCUGAGGGAGAGCUGGAGGGACCCUCGUCCGGAAUGGGGUUCAAAGGGCACCUGCCCAAGGUGCACAUGCCCAGCAUGAAGAUGCCCAAAGUAGACUUCAAGGGCCCCCAGGUGGACAUCAAGGGGCCCAAAGUGGACCUGAAGGGCGCCAAAGGGGAGGUGACCGUCCCCGAGGGAGAAGUGAAGCUUGGAGAACUGAAGGCAAAGCAGAAGGGGCCACGUUCAAGGGCCACAUGCCCAAGGUGCAGAUGCCCAACCAGUGACCUCAGCAUUGACCUGCCAUCUGCCGACGUGGACGUGAAGACAGGAGAGCUGGGAGUGAAGCUCCCGGAGGGCCACCUGCCCGAGGGAGAGCUCCAGGAAGCCUCCUCCGGAGUUGGACUCAAAGGGCACCUGCCCAAGGUGCACAUGCCCAGCAUGAAGAUGCCCAAAGUAGACUUCAAGGGCCCCCAGGUGGACAUCAAGGGGCCCAAAGUGGACCUGAAGGGCGCCAAAGGAGAGGUGUCGGCCCCUGACAUGGAAGUGUCGCUGCCCAGUGUGGAGGUGGACAUUCAGGCUCCGGGCGCCAAGCUGGAGGGAGACAUCGUCCUUGGGGACACAGAGGUGGCCAGCAAAGACAGCAAGUUCAAGAUGCCCAAGUUCAAGAUGCCUUCCUUCGGGAUGUCUGGGCCAGGCAAGUCCUUGGAGGCCUCAGUGGACGUGUCGCUGCCAAAGGCUGAGGCAGACGUGUCCCUGCCCUCCAUCCAGACUGACGUCAAGGCCAGUGACCUCAGUAUCGAGCUGCCUUCUGCCGACGUGGACAUCAAGACAGGCGAGCUGGAAGUGAAGCUCCCGGAGGGCCACCUGCCUGAGGGAGAGCUGGAGGGACCCUCGUCCGGAAUGGGGUUCAAAGGGCACCUGCCCAAGGUGCACAUGCCCAGCAUGAAGAUGCCCAAAGUAGACUUCAAGGGCCCCCAGGUGGACAUCAAGGGGCCCAAAGUGGACCUGAAGGGCGCCAAAGGGGAGGUGACCGUCCCCGAGGGAGAAGUGAAGCUUGGAGAACUGAAGGGCAAAGCAGAAGGGGCCACGUUCAAGGGCCACAUGCCCAAGGUGCAGAUGCCCAGCAUGAAGAUGCCCAAAGUAGACGUCAAGGGCCCCCAGGUGGACAUCAAGGGGCCCAAACUGGACCUGAAGGGCGCCAAAGGCGAGGUGGCCGUCCCCGACAUGGAGGUUUCGCUGCCCAGUGUGGAGGUGGACAUUCAGGCUCCGGGCGCCAAGCUGGAGGGAGACAUCGUUCUGGGGGACACAGAGGUGGCCAGCAAAGACAGCAAGUUCAAGAUGCCCAAGUUCAAGAUGCCUUCCUUCGGGAUGUCUGGGCCAGGCAAGUCCUUGGAGGCCUCAGUGGACGUGUCGCUGCCAAAGGCUGAGGCAGACGUGUCCCUGCCCUCCAUCCAGACUGACGUCAAGACCAGUGACCUCAGUAUCGAGCUGCCUUCUGCCGACGUGGACAUCAAGACAGGCGAGCUGGAAGUGAAGAUCCCGGAGGGCCACCUGCCUGAGGGAGAGCUGGAGGGACCCUCGUCCGGAAUGGGGUUCAAAGGGCACCUGCCCAAGGUGCACAUGCCCAGCAUGAAGAUGCCCAAAGUAGACUUCAAGGGCCCCCAGGUGGACAUCAAGGGGCCCAAAGUGGACCUGAAGGGCGCCAAAGGGGAGGUGUCGGCCCCUGACAUGGAAGUGUCGCUGCCCAGUGUGGAGAUGGACAUCCAGGCUCCGGGCGCCAAGCUAGAGGGCGACAUUGUCUUGGGUUCCAAGGAGGUGGCAGCCCACGACAGCAAGUUCAAGAUGCCCAAGUUCAAGAUGCCUUCCUUCGGGACGUCUGGGCCAGGAAAGUCCAUGGAGGCCUCAGUGGACGUGUCCCUGCCCUCCGUCCAGACUGACAUCAAGACCAGUGACCUCAGCAUUGACCUGCCAUCUGCCGACGUGGACGUGAAGACAGGAGAGCUGGGAGUGAAGCUCCCGGAGGGCCACCUGCCCGAGGGAGAGCUCCAGGAAGCCUCCUCCGGAGUUGGACUCAAAGGGCACCUGCCCAAGGUGCACAUGCCCAGCAUGAAGAUGCCCAAAGUAGACUUCAAGGGCCCCCAGGUGGACAUCAAGGGGCCCAAAGUGGACCUGAAGGGCGCCAAAGGGAAGGUGACGGUCCCCGAGGGAGAAGUGAAGCUUGCAGAACUGAAGGGCAAAGCAGAAGGGGCCACGUUCAGGGGCCACAUGCCCAAGGUGCAGAUGCCCAGCAUGAAGAUGCCCAAAGUAGACGUCAAGGGCCCCCAGGUGGACAUCAAGGGGCCCAAACUGGACCUGAAGGGCGCCAAAGGCGAGGUGGCCGUCCCCGACAUGGAGGUUUCGCUGCCCAGUGUGGAGGUGGACAUUCAGGCUCCAGGCGCCAAGCUGGAGGGAGACAUCGUCCUUGGGGACACAGAGGUGGCCAGCAAAGACAGCAAGUUCAAGAUGCCCAAGUUCAAGAUGCCUUCCUUCGGGAUGUCUGGGCCAGGCAAGUCCUUGGAGGCCUCAGUGGACGUGUCGCUGCCAAAGGCUGAGGCAGACGUGUCCCUGCCCUCCAUCCAGACUGACGUCAAGGCCAGUGACCUCAGCAUUGACCUGCCAUCUGCCGACGUGGACGUGAAGACAGGAGAGCUGGGAGUGAAGCUCCCGGAGGGCCACCUGCCCGAGGGAGAGUUCCAUGGGUCGGCCUCUGCAGUUGGAAGCAAAUGGCAUAUGCCCAAGGUGCACAUGCCCAGCAUGAAGAUGCCCAAAGUAGAGUUCAAGGGCCCCCAGGUGGAUAUCCAGGGGCCCAAGCUCGACCUGAAGGGCGCCAAAGGGGAGGUGACUGCCCCUGACUUGGAGGUGUCCGUGCCCAUUGUGGAGGCUGAAAUCCAGGCAGCUGGCUCCAAGCUGGAGGGAGACAUUGUUCUGGGAGAUAAGGCAGUGGCUACCAAAGACAGCAGGUUCAAGAUGCCCAAGUUCAAGAUGCCUUCCUUUGGUGCAUCUUCACCAAGCAAGGAUUGGGGAACAUCAGUGGACGUGUCCAUGUCUGACACCACAGGGACGGCCAUUCUGCCAUCCAUGGUAGGUGAGAUUCAAGUCCCAGAAGGUAGCAUCCACCUGCCAUCUGCUGAUCUUGAGCUCCCUGGGGGAGAGGUGGAGGUGCCCCUGCAGGAAGGAGAGGUGACGCUGGGGGGGCUGAAAGGCAAAGUAGAAGGGGCCAGGAUCAAAGGCCACCUGCCCAAGAUGCAGAUGCCCAGCAUCAAGGUGCCCAAGGUGGACAUCAAGGGGCCAAAACUGGACCUUAAAUGCGCCAAAGGGGAGGUGACCCCUCCUGACACAUUGGUGUCACCGUCCCGUGUGGAGGUGGCUAUCCAGGAGCCACAGGCCAAGGUGGUGGGUGCCAUUGGCCUGGAGGACAAGGAGGUGGCUGCCCGAGAGAGCAAGUUCAAGAUGCCCAAGGUCAGCAUGCCGUUUUUCCGACCAUCAUCCAGUAAGACUUACUCGGUGUCUGCACACGCCCACGGAGGUGCCACCGUUGCAGAAGUGACCUCUUCUUCUGACAAAGUGCGUAUAGCUGUUGACUCAGCUGAUCAUUCUGUUUCCAUGGGCGACGUGGGUUGGGAGGACGCCACGCUUACGAAGUGCCAGGUGCCUCUCCCCAGAGCCAGCGUCUCUGCAGAGGCGCCUCGGGAAACCCUCUCUGAGUCCAAGGGGGGUGCACCCCAGUUCAGCUCCCCUCGUGCUGCCGACCUCCCGUCCUGGGAGCCCGUUCCUUCGUCCCAAACUGACAGCCACCCUGGCCCGGCGCACCCCCUGGUCCACACGUCGUAUGGCCGCGUGACUUUUCCUAAAUUCCAUCGACCGAAGUUCCGGUUUUCGGUCGCAGCGGCAGCCGAGGCCGAGGGAGAGCCCCGCGCCCUGGAGGGUGCCCCCUCCCCUCGCAGCCCCACACAGGUCCUGGACUCUGAGGAAGCCACAGUGUUCCUGGGGUCGGCCACUCCGCUGCCACCUGCAGGCGUCUCCACGUCCAGGGGCACAGAGGAGCCCGCGGGCAGUGCUGGGACAUCCGCCGUGGCUGCAGGGGGGGUGCCCGCGGGGGACGUGGCAGCCGGAGCCGAGCGGGCCAGCUCGCAGGACAGCUGGUUCAGGAUGCCCUCGCUCCGCCUGCCCAGCUUCUGGCGCUCCUCGAAGGAGCAGGGGGCGGCGGGGGCACCGAGGGAAGGGGAGGCCCCCGCUGCAGCCAAGAGUCCAGGGGAGGCAGCCGUGGCCCCAUCGUCCCCAGAGGCAGAGGCAGAGGCGGAUGCCACGGGAAGCUCUCGGGGGAGGUCUGCACAGCCCAGCCCCCAGGCUCGGAGCCGCACCUGCCUCCUGGCAGCGUGUCCCCCGAUGAGCCUCCCACUUCUCAGGCCCCGGGUGGGUCCAGGCGAAGGCCCCCUUUCCCCUUCAGAUGCCUGGAGGGAGACUUCAGAAACCCAAGCUCCUGCCAGAGGGGCAGGGAGCACUGAGCACCCGUCUCCCCCGCCGGAAGGCCCUCUCAGACUGAAGGCUUCGAGGACAGACGUGCCAGCCCAAAUUUCCAUCGUGGGUCGGGUCUGGGAGGAUUCUGUGCUCACUGUCAAGUUCCCCAAGUUAAAGGUGCCCAGGUUCACCUUCCCGGCCCCCAGCGGCGAGGCCGACAUCUUCAUCCCCCCGGCCGUGCGAGAGGUGUGGUGCCCGGACAGCAGCCUGGAUCUGGCCCUGAGCAAGGAGCACCCUGGGGUGUGGGGCGUGAGCCUCCUGCAGGCCGGCGCUGUGGGCCCCGGGCAGCAGCCGGUGGUCCUGGACCUCCCCGCGGAGGCCGGCCCCAUUUCCAAGGUCAGAGUCCACAUUCAAGGUGCCCGGGUGGAGAGCCGGGAGGUCACCAUACACAGCAGGGUCCUGGCAGAGCCUGCUGACUGGCCGGGACCCCAGGCUGGCUCCACUCAGAUCGUCCGGGAGUCGGAGAUCCCGGCCUCCGAGGUCCAGACGCCUUCUUACGGGUUCUCCUUGCUCAAGGGGAAGGUCCCCGAGAGCCCCUUGCGGGCCCAGGUGCAGGUGGUCACUCAGGGCGGCCAAGCCGCUUCCCAAGGUGACCGUGCGGCCCUGGGAGCUGACCGGGGGCCUGGAGCCCUGCAGCCCGACACAGAGACGUUUGAAAUCAUCCCUUCUGGCACCGACGAGGGACCGCAGACGGCCACGUCGGAAGGGAGCUCGGGCCUCCAGCCUGCAGACGGCGGUUCCGACGACGAGGAGCCCGCGGAAAUCCUCGAAUUCCCCCCUGAAGAAGGCCGAGAGGGAGACGGGGCUGCCAGGGAGAAGCCGGAAAGCAAACGGUCCUCCGGGCGGUUCCGGUUUUGGCUUCCGAGCAUCGGGUUCUCCUCCGCGGCCGCCGAGGACACCGGCACCGCAGCCACAGAAGAGGAACCAACACCGGCUCCGGUCCAAACGCAGCCCGAGGCCCGCCCGGCGGCCGAGCUGCCCAAGAAGCCGGAGAAGGCGGGCUGGUUCCGAUUCCCCAGAUUAGGGUUCUCCUCGGCCCCCAGCAGGAAGAGCGAGAGCGCUGGGGAUGAGCCGGGCCCUGCGGAGGCCACGCCCCAGGCAGAGGCGCUCAUGUUUUUCGAUGCCCGAGAAAGCUUCUCCGCGGAGGACAAGGAGGGGGAGCCCGCGGAGCCCGCGGGGGCUGCAGGCACCUGGCCGGCCCCCAGCGCCACGGCGACGUCCAAGGCCGGGACGGAGGCAGCCAGGCCGGAGCCCAGCAGGAAGGCCGGGGCCCAGCCCCGCGCCCACGCCCCAGACCCAGUGAGGUCGCAGGCGCGACUUUCCAGGGGACAGAGGCGCACGUGUCCACCGCGACAGGACGGACGCCGCACGCCAUCACGGAGCCUGCUAAACACCGACCGACUCAGCAAGAGAAGGGCCACGCGGGGCGGGGGCUCCCGGAGGCGUGGCUGGAGGGCUGAUCGGACGGGGACCUGCGCUCACGCCCUGCGGGGCUCUGCUGGCUGCGCACGUGGCCGUGUCCUUGGCCUUGGUCGUGGCGCGCGGCUGUGGUGUGGUGUGGGCGUGGUCACGGGGUGCGCAUGGGCGUGGGUGUCGGGGGUGUGGGCGUGGCUUCGGUGCGCGUGGGCGGGGUCGCUGUGUGGGCGUGCCUCCCCUGCUCUGCAACCUGGCUCCUCCGGCUUCCUCCUUGCAGACAGAGUCCCCCAUAUUCCUGGGAACCCCGCUGCCCGCUCGCAGAUACGUGUAACCAGCUCACUCCUUUGUUGACCGCCCCCCACAGCUUGGGGCGCCCCCUGCGACCUGCGCAGACCCCGGCAGGAGGGCGGUGCAAGGUGCUGGCUGUGGGUGUGAGCCAGCGGGUGCCCCCGCGCGCCCCAGCUCCUCGCCGUGCCCUGCCGACUCCACCCGCUGUUCCCCGCCAGGCAAUAAAGGAGGUGAUGCGCCCAC